CAUUUGAAAUGGCUGUAAUGAAGUCAAAGUUAGCUUUAGACACAUCCAAUGUAGAGAGUGAGGAUCAGGGGGAAACCCAGACAAAUAGCCCUGUCAAUAUCCAGCCAGUACAGACAAAUAGCCCUGUCAAUGUCCAGCCAGUCCAGACAAAAUCUAGGACAAUUAAAAGGCCUCAAAAAUAUGACAGUAUUCCAGAUGAAGACUCGGAUCAUGAAGAUGAACCACCAUGUUCAUCCAAAAAAAUUUUCAAAACUGCCAGUGCCGCCAAUGUUAUCACCAUUAAACAGAAGUUUGACAGGAGAAAAUACCAGGCCAUCAACAAUGAGAUUCUGUACAAGCAGUUCAUUCGCAGCCCUAUCACCAGAAAUAACUAG